AUGUUAUCAAAAGCUCUCGAUUUCGCAGCAUUUUCUCGAAAAUAUAAAGCACAUUCUACAAAUCCAUGGAUAUUUCAACAACAUGAAUCUUAUAAAAUUCCGGCCAUAAUGCAAUAUGACGAAUCAUAUAAUUCGACCAAAAGCAUUGGAUUUCCCGCGAUAAGAAAAUCGAUAAAUAAGAAAUGGCCUGAUUUGGGCACCAUACCUCACGUUGGAAUACUUUAUAUUAUACCAGAUAUUUGGGGAGUAACAAUUAGAGAAAUGAUCAUAGAUUCCACAUUAAAUUCCGGAAUUAUAUAUUCUAAAGUGAAUGAAAUCCAAUUUAUUAAUCAAGCAAAAGCGUUGGCAUUAAAUUGUCUUGACAACGUUGAAUAUGAAUCAUUAAAAGUUGGAGAUUCAUUUUUCUUUACGACGUGUGAAUCGAAUUCAAUUAACCUGUCAACAAGGUCACUAAUAUCACCGACAUCAUUAUCGGAUUCAACUUAUCAAACCAGCGUUAAGAAUAUAAAUUCAUGCAUAAUAUCAGCGUUAUUAUCAAAGUCAAACCUAUCACAUUUGUUACAAAAGGAUUUAAUCAAUCAAAAAUCAAAUUAUUCAUUUAACGAAAUUCAAGGGCAGAUUUACGAAUUCCUCAACAAUAAUUUUUUUGCCGUCUCAACGAAGGAUGAUGAUUGUUUCGAACAAUUAGAUAUUGAAAUAAUUAGACAUCAAUUAUCGGUUUACUUGAAAAAUGAAUCAAAAGAAAUUAUAGAAGAAUUAAAUUGGAAAUUGCCUGUUAAAUUGAAAAAGAUACAAAAUAUUUGUGAAGAGAUUUCAAAUGAUAUUGUUAAUUAUUUAAUAGACCAUUUACAUAGCUUUACGGAAGAUCAUUCAUAUUCAAUGAUAUUCUUAAUCGGUAGUUGUUUCAAUACAAAAUAUCUAGUUGAUCUAGUCAAUCAAAAAUUUAUUGAUAAAUAUAAAAAGGAAUUUACCGAACCUUACAUUCCCGAUUUGAUAUUUAUAGAUAAAUCCUCUAGUUCCGCUUCAAGACAUGGUGCUGUCAUUCAUAUACAGGAUGAUAAGAUUAAAGAAAUAUAUUUGAAAGAAAUCAGGAAAAAAUAUAUUUAA